GGAAUAUAAAUAUUAAAUCUCUGUACGUGAUAAGAAUGUAAAGUAACCGGAAUGUUGUUGUCUGUGUCCGUGAUUUCGCUUCCCUAACAGGGCAAAAUGAACUCAGAAUUUAUACAGAUCAGGAGUGAGAGAUGAAAAUUAGUGACAGUGACUUAAGAUCCACUACAGUUUUGAAAAUAUGACAACAGAUAUCAAAAUGGAGAAUAAAGUUCCAAUAGUACGAUCCAUCCGUGGACCUGGAGAUGGAAUGGAAAUGGAGGAACCAGCCAAACCAGUGGAAAAUACAUCAGGAAUAAAUAAAAAAACUCAUCAUGCGGAACGAACUAAGCCUGGUGUUCUUCAGCUUGGGAAAAUUCAGCCAAGCCAAGCAGUUGAAGUAGAAGCCAUUAGGAUUGUGGUUCCCAAAGCUGCUGUAUUUCAUGAUCUUCCUGCAAAGAGUAUAAAGCUAAAUGAUUCUGCAGGUUUCCAUAAAGGUGAAUUGUCAAGUCAAUUAGAAAAUACAAUUGAACUCAAGAAAGAGGUGACCGAACUUAAAGUUGCCAUUGAAAAAUCUCAGUGUUCGGAAAGAAAACUCCUUCAGGAUAAAGAAGGGCUUGCUAAUCAAAUCCGGGUACAGACUGAGGUGAAUCGUGAGCUGAAAAAAUUACUUGUGGCAUCUGUUGGCGAUGAUCUUCAAUAUCAUUUUGAGCGCAUGGCUCGUGAAAAAAAUCAACUAAUCUUGGAAAAUGAGACUUUGAGCCAAAACUUGGCUCAACUUUCCGAGCAGCUGGAGAGGAUGACCAUACAGUGUGAUGUGUGGCGAAGCAAGUUUCUCGCUAGCAGAGUAAUGGCUGAUGAGCUGUCCCAUUCCAGGACAUCAUUGCAGCGUCAAAUUAGAGAAGCUCAAAGUGCCAUACAGGAUCUUCUCAUUGAACGUGAACAAUUUCGUCAGGAUAUGGUUGACUCCCAUAGAUUCCUUGAGGAGCUCUUGGUAUCGCUGCAGUGGGGCCGGCAACAAACCUACUACCCUAGUGCCCAACCAUUCACGACAGCAGAACUUGCUUCUGCCACUCAUAAGUUAGCUGAGGCUGUAAAUUGCCACCUUCUUGGAAAACUAAGUAUAAGUAAUCCACAGAAGACUAACCAACAAAUUGAAUUCUCCAGCACACCUGCUGAAAAAAUGGCUGAAAAGGUUUUAAAGAUGUUGGAUCCUACGCUGUAUAGUAAAGGAACAGCAGAUAUGCCAUUCUGUGAUACGUCCCCAGCCUCGUUCCUCUCUAAUAAAAAGAACAUUGGACGAUUUCAUCCAUAUACCAGAUACGAAAAUAUCACAUUUAAUUGUUGCAACCAUUGCACAGGAGAAUUGACAGUCCUGUGAAAUAGCUUUUUAAUGAAAUGAUUGUAUUAUAGAAAAGGAUGGCUAUAAUUACUACUUUUUCUUGUCAACUACUUGAGUACUUUGAAGCAAUCAAACUUGGAUAUUUGCUUAAGAUGAGCUUAUUUACAAAUAUUAGUUAUAUAUUGAAGUCAAGUAUGUGUGCAUUAUAAGCAGCACAAUAUUCUAUUCUAUUCUCAUUCUUAUUUUCUCUAUAUUACCUGAACCUUUGCCUUGAGGUUCAUUUAAUUAUAAUGAAAAUUAUGAUGUAUUUAUUUUUAAUGUCUAUUUUUAUAUAGAGUCAAAAAGAUGAGCGUACAAGCAGUAUUUAUCUGCAUAUGUUCCUGAUACAGUUGUAGCAGCAAUGAUAACUGUCUUAAUUCACACUUAGGAAACGGUUACUUAAGGUCCAUUUAGGUCAGUGCAUUUCCUUUGAAGUUGCUUAUGAAUCAAGAGAAUCUUCAAUUUUGUAGUGAAAUAUGUGUAUGUUUCAGAUAAAUUCUUGCAAUCUGCUGUAUAAUCUGUGUUCCUGCAUUCUUUAUUUUUUAUUUCAUUAAAUGUACCAUUGUAUGUUUGAAAUCUAACAAAUGGUAACCAUUUAUGCCCCAGUUAGUAAUGUUGUAGCAAAGGUUGAUAACUAGAGACUGCAGAUUUGUAAUUAUGGUACAAAGAGAAGAAUUUUGAAUGAUUUGUUUUUGUGCUUUAGGAUAUGCAGUACUUCACUUCAAAUGACAAGAAAGAGAAUCCCAUGAUAUAAUAAGUAAUAUGCAAAGAAGGAAUACAAUCUGUAGAAAGAGCAAGGCAAUAGGAGUAGGUGCAGAGAGACUUAAUGAGUUGUUUGAUCUACCAAACCCCAAUGCCUAAAAUCAGUGUUUAUGUUCUAUUCCUCAGCAAUCAUAUAAGUAAUUUUGUUUUAAUGGAUAUUUUAGCAAUGUUUUUGAGGGAAAUUCAAUAAUUACUUGUUUGCUAGUUGGCACAAAUCACGAAAUAUGCUUGGUUGAGGAGAUCAAAUCAAAAGAAUUAUCCUUAAAGCAGUUAGAGGCUCCAAGCAGAUUCUAAAUAGAUAAUCAGCAUAAUUGGCUUUAUUUUGAUUAAAGGAAAUUAUUAGUUGAAUAUAGACCAUCAUUCACAUGCUGCAUACAAAACAUAUGUACGUAAAAUGGAUGGAGCUGAAUCAUGUCCUAUUAAUUCCAGGGAAAUGCCAUUAUUAGCAAGGCCUGCAUUUAUUGUCACUACAUAGUCUUGCAAAGGUGAUGAUCACUUGUCAUCUUAAACCACCUCAGUCCCUGUAGUGAAGUUACUUCCACAAUUGAUGGGGAAUUCCAUGAUUUGACUUAGCAAUGCUGAAGGGACCAGGAGUGUGGGUGGUGCUGAUAGUGUUUCCAUGCACCUGCUCCCUAAUUUGUAGCUGGUAGCUAGUGUUUGGGAGGUUCUGUAAAAGAACCCAUGGCAAGUUGUUAAUGUUUUUCUUGUAAAUGGUACUCCCUGUACCACAAUGGGCCACACAUGAAGGGAUUGUAUAUUUAAGGUGGUGUGUAGUCUACCUCUCAAGUGACUGCUUUGUUCUGGAUGGUGUUGGGUUGCUUGAGUAUUGUUGGAGCUGAAGUAGGAAGGUGGUGAGUUACAGUGAAUCAUUCACUGCAGGACUCCCAGCCUCUGACCUUAAAAGCAAUAACCCUUAAUUUUGUUCCAGUUAAAUGUUCUCUAAGAUUAGAAUAAGCUAAGCAUUGAAUGAAUUGCUCUCCUGUUAACAUGUAAAAUCGUCUUCUGUGCUAAGUUCUAAGUUUUAAAGUUUCAACUUAAACUGGCUAUCUCUUAUACUCCCUCCACUGGGGAAAGAUACAGUGGAGUUGAUUAUCCUUCUACUUGUGCCCCACUGAAAACUGAAAAUUCUGCUCUUUUUGAUCUUUAUUUACCUUGCACCCUGAAAAUCUUGCUAGUAAGAUUUAUUUACUAGUAGAAAAUCACACCAAUAAAUCUUAACGUUUAUCAUCACCAUAUUGAACGAAAUAAUGUCAGCAAAGCAAGGUAGUUUGGCCUUUUGCCAAAGAAUGUAUUAACUGAUACUAGAACAGCAUAUUUGGAACAUAUUGUGAAUAGAUUAUUGUUUUUACAGCACUCUGGCAGCCUUUAAUUUCUUUUAAACAGCCUAGGACUGAUGCAUAAAUUUUGACAGUGAAAUUAUUAAUGAUCUACAUGAUUAUUUCUGAUUUAUUAUUUAAAUUCUUGGCAUCAGAGACCAAAACUGAAACUAAAUCUUGUGCAUUAUUCAAAUUUAAAGCCAGGUGCUCUC